UGAUGUGCAUGCAUAUUAAUGCUGCACGUGCCCGGGAGUGGAAAACGGUCAAGGUGUUUUGGAUUCCGUGGUCCAACUACAGACCUUUACCUCAAAAGCUGUUAAAUUUUAUUUAUUUUUAAAGUAUGUUGAGAGCAUUAAGAUCCAGGGUGCGAGAGGCAGCCAGUAUGGCAAGUUUGGCUGAGGCAACAGUGCCCGUGUGUUACCCGAGCAUACCUCGGCUGUACUGCACGGUCCCUUCUGCAAAAGCCCCGCCCAGUACCAAGAUCUCCUCCAACCUGACACUACAGAAGGCCCCAGCCAUAUCAGAUGGACAACCAUCCAAGCAGCGCCCUCUUGUGCUCUUAUUGAGCUGGCUGUUGGCUAAACAACGACAUCUGGACAACUUUGUAUCAUUUUACACAAGUCGAGGCUGUGAUGUGUUGACAGUACGAAUACGCCCCUUGCAGAUAAUGAUGCCAACCAGGGGAUCACAGGUCAUUGCUAAAGAUGUUGUGGAGUUCUUACAGCGUGAGGAUAUCCGCAACCGUAAGAUCCUUGUCCACAGCUUCUCAGUUGGUGGCUACCAAUAUAGCGAGAUUCUUCAGCAGAUGUUGGCAUCUCAGUCAGACAAUAAAGAAAUCACAAGCCGAAUCAUUGGACAAAUCUAUGACAGCCCUGUGGAUUUCAAUGAAGUCCCAAUUGGGAUGUCAAAGGCAUUAUUGAAGAAUCCCAUCUUGCAGAAAACCAUGCAUGUGAGCCUGGAUUCCUACCUUCGUCUCAUGUACCGACCCGUCACUCAGCAUUAUCUUAAGAGCUCUGAAGUCUUCUUUCACAACCCUGUCCCUGCCCCCUCGCUCUUCUUUUAUUCUCACACCGACCUGGUAGCAACUGCAGAUGCUAGCCAACGAGCAAUCGCCUCGCUCCAAAACAAGAUGGGUUACAAGAACGUUUACAGCAAAGCAUUUCAAGACUCGCCUCACGUUAGUCACAUGUAUAAACAUCGAGAUGAAUAUAUGGAGACGCUGAUGAAAUUCCUAGAAAGUAUCGAAUACUUCCAAGAGGCUUUGAAGGAACACAAAGACAAGCCAGAUUUGGUCAGUAAAGACAUGAGGGGAAAAGUGGUGGAAAUGUAUUAAGCUGGAAUUGCAAUUAGUGCUAUGUGGUAAUAGCAAUGAUGUAAACUUAUAUAUUACAUGUAGUUGAUUUAACCAGGUUUUGGAGAUGGCACCUUAAAGUAUGCUUUGUAGGUCAAUAUUUUGAGUGGGGUACAUCUAUUACACCUUUCUGUUUUACUAUGUAGCGAUAAGUUCCAGGCUGGGAAUAUUUCUUACAACUUUUGAAGGAAGGGUUGGUGUGUUGCAAUGUGUAAUGUUGAAUAUCACCCUUUUGGGUGAGGAAGUUCUUAUUUGUACCUUUCGAUUUUACCUUGAAAUUUUAUAUUUCAUCAGGUCUUUCAAACAGAACAAUGUUAAUGUUGCCUUGAGAUGAAGGUUGCAUUUUCAAUAACAUUUUAUUUUUCUGUGAGGAUUUUUAAAAGUAGUUGCUUCCUCUUUUGAAGGCUGGUUGACUCUUGCCAGUAGUAUUGUACUAAAUCAGGUAAAAGGUUUCAAAGUUGUCUCUCAGGUAUAAUGACAAAUUUCAAGAGUAUUUACAAAUGUACUUUUAGUGAACUAUAAUGUACAGACAAAAUGUUUGCAAUCAAUUUUACGUCAGGUUAUCCACUCCAAAAUGAACAACAGAGGGCGUGUUUGUAAAUGAAAUUGAUGGUCCUUUUUGUACCAACUCACCACAUAGGUGCACAAGUACAUGUGUGUGUGCAUUUGUCACGGAGCACAAGUACACGCAACGAAUUUAUUCUGGAAUGUAUGGUCAAAGCGUACACACAGAAUGUGUACAAGAACCCGUUUGUAACCACCUGUCUUUCUUUCGCCGAUUGAGGGUGCACUUCAGCUCAGGGCGGAUUCUACACUUUUUAAAUUAACUGCAGUUUCAUGCUCUAUUUUGUGUCCUUUUAUUGAAACAAAAAAAUCCAUGUCACAUCAAGUCAUGUGUUCAGUAUGUAUGGCCAGUAUUGUAAUUCAACUUUUUAUCUCUACAAAUUUAGUUAAUUGAAACAAAAACUUAUUGUUUAUAAACAAUUUGAACCAAAGCAAUUGUUUUACCUUAGAUUUCCCAAAGUGUCGAAUAAAAAUUACUGAAUCAUCA